AUGACUUUAGGUUUGCUCAACCUACCUAAAGUGUACACUAACAUCCGCAACAGCCUCAAAGCGCAGAUGCAGAACGUUGGUUGGGUUAAUUUGAUGAACUUACGCUCCGUCCGCGCUUUCCUGCCUAUUUGGACAGGAGUCGAUUCUGAAGACCGUAGAGCACUCGCGGACGCUUUGAAGUUGCUGAUUGGUGAUGUUGGACAGAAGGAAAAGCUAUCGAGAGGGCAGGGAAAUCGCGAGUACAGAGAAGCUGCCGGCGAUAGUGAUGAUGAUGACGACGGUGGACAGCCCGCCCAACGCUCUAGGAAGCGUAAACGGGAUCCAGUGUCCGCAGAUCUCGAUAGACCUUCCAUAAUGGUCACGGUGGUAGACCCCGAUGCUCUAGGAGCAUUCUUCAACGUUGUCCCGCCUCCUACCUAUGACUGGAACGAUCCACAAAAUGAGCCUUCGUUCAUUGGAAUUCUGACAAAGAUAACGUUUCCAGAGCUCUGCAAUUUGAUCCUGAAGCACACCGCACCCGGCAGAGCAAUCAGGAGUAUCUGGGGAGCACUGGAUAACGUUCCACCGGCAUCCAAUCCACCUGUUCGGCCAAUGGAGGUCCAAAUCACUGAUUCGGAAGAGGUCGAAGGUUGGUUGAAGAAUAGCGUUGGCAGGCCUAGGAGAAUACUGGCGGUGCUCCACAGAGCAGGCGCGGGUGCUAAUUUGGGUGGCGCUGAAUCACCCCCGCUGAACCGAGCAUUCCCUCAUAUCGAAGAAGACGAUUAUACCAUGAUCGAUAUUCCUGCAGAGGACUCUGAUUACGAGGAGGGAAGCCACCGCAUCAAUGCUAAAGGACUGAGGGUAUAUUUACCCAGAACUGAUGCCAGUAAUCAAAGGCUAAUCCAGACUCUUGUUAGACCUCGAGAUAGACAGCAGGAUGCUAUCGACGACUUAGACCCCAAAUACCUGAGGAAAUAUCUUUUGGGUGUUGGGGUUGCUGACCCGAACUUUGUACAGGGAGUAAUCUGGACGCCUGCCGGGAUAGCAGCCAAGAGAGCUGCUGACGCACUCGCGGCUGCUGGUGGUGGAGGCGGUGGUGGAGGCGGUGGUGGUGGUGGAGGCGGUGGUGGUGGUGGAGGCGGUGGUGGUGGUGGAGGCGGUGGUGGUGGUGGAGGCGGUGGUGGUGGUGGAGGCGGUGGCGGUGGUGGUGGUAAUCCUCCUCCGGGCGGACCUCCGGGCGGUGGUAAUCCUCCUCCGGGCGGACCUCCGGGCGGUGGUAAUCCUCCUCCGGGCGGACCUCCGGGCGGUGGUAAUCCUCCUCCGGGCGGACCUCCGGGCGGUGGUAAUCCUCCUCCGGGCGGACCUCCGGGCGGUGGUAAUCCUCCUCCGGGCGGACCUCCGGGCGGUGGUGGUGGUGGUGGUGGUGGCGGCGGUGGUGGUGAUGGCGGGCAUCAUUAG